AUGAAGUUCCUCAAGGUCGGCCGUGUUGCCAUCAUCACCCGGGGCAGAUAUGCCGGAAAGAAGGUUGUGAUCAUCCAGCCUCAAGACAGCGGAAACAAGUCCCACCCAUACCCUCACGCAAUUGUCGCCGGUAUUGAGCGUUACCCAUCGCAAAUCACCCGCCGUAUGUCGAAGGCCCGCCAAACCAAGCGCAGCAAGGUCAAGCCAUUCAUCAAGGUCAUCAACUACAACCACUUGAUGCCUACACGUUACACCCUCGAGCUGGAGGGAUUGAAGGGAGCUGUUACCGCGGACACAUUCAAGGAGGUUUCUCAACGGGAGGAUGCGAAGAAGACCGUCAAGAAGGCAUUGGAGGAGAGAUACACGUCAGGAAAGAACAGAUGGUUCUUCACUCCUCUGAGAUUUUAA